AUGGCCGACGAGAGAAACCCGGUCACGGAUGCCGGAAAGAGGCCGAGAACUCGGCAACGCAUCCACAAAGCUCCGCCAGAGUUGGAAGUCCCGGAUAUUAACAACGAUGCCGCUGAAAGGAAAAGGGUUCUGAACGUACUAGCGCAGCGUCGUUAUAACGGAAUCUCAGAGACCAGCACCAGUAAACCCGCAGGGGCGUGUAGCGGUGGGGUGGAGGAAAACCCAGCACUUGCUGUAGAGUCACUUCCUGGCGUAUCGUCGGCGUCUGAUAUAAACCUUAACAACUGGCCUACGGACAGUCUUGUCCCUACCAGUUUGGCCAGUCAAGCCGAAGCCGAAACGGAUUAUGGGGUCGCUGCAACUGCGGCACAUCUCAGUUUCGACCCUGUAAUGCCUGAUAUACUGACAUCAGAAGAACCUCUGGCCAUCGACCCCUCGAUACUGGACUUCUCGUCUGACUCUUCUACCACGUCAGGCAUCGUGGACUCUACACAAAUAUCCUGGACCUUUCCAGAUUCUUACCUCCUCCCAAUGCCAGAGCUCAAGUUGCUUCAGGCCUUUCUCCGCAUCGCAAGCUGUCUGCAAUGCGAGGCCAGCAUGUGGGAUCUCAACGCCAUCUCUCCGUUCAAUGACCCGACUUUGUCUCCGAUGCCCACUAUGAUGGCGACGAGUUGGGCGCCAACUGAGAGCCAAAGGACCGUUGUACACCACCCGCUCUUCGACUUCCUCCCUUGGCCUUCGGCACGGGACAGACUUAUUGCCAUUUUUAGCAUGCCCGAUGAAUUCAGACCCGCGGAGGCUUCGGGCCCGCUGGCCCUGGUCAAGUUUGCUUACGAUAUGGAGGACAGUGCCGAGGGAAUGCGGAUCUGGGGGUCUUCUCCAUGUGACACGAGCGGCUGGGAAGUUGGUCAAGUGCUAUUCGAGCGGUGGUGGUUCAUCUUUGAUCGCCAAAUCAUUGAGCAAAGCAAUCGCUGGAGGAAUCUCAGGGGUGCGCCGAGUCUCCGAUUAAAAGGGCCGAGGGUGGAAAACAUGCCACCAGAGCACGGCGAUAUUGAUCCAUAG